AAGGCAUUGACAAUCAUCAAGUGACCAAUGUUACAAUUGCCACUUGUGCCGGCCUCACCAUGACUCAGCGCGGUCCUGCUAUUGUAAUCAUGAACCAGUUUGCUCACAUUGGAAAGGGACAGUCAAUUCUUUCCAGUGCUCAGAUGGAACACUUUGGGAUUCAAGUCGAUGACAAAUCAUCUAAAGUUGGAGGCAAGCAACAGAUCUCCACUCCUGAUGGUUUUGUCAUCCCACUUGACAUCAAGAAUGGACUUCCGUACCUACGUAUGCGCCCUUCAACAGACCGUGAGCUGAGCAACCCGGACAUUCCCCAUGUGGUUCUCACUUCUGAUGUUGAUUGGGACCCUAGUGUCUUGGAUGUUACCAUUGAUGUGGAUGAAUGGGCCAAGACUAUACCAGACGAUGGGUCUGAAGAAUGUGAAAGGCCAUUUGAUAGGGUAGGCAUCCUCAAGAGCAAUACAACAGUCACUACACUGAGGGAUUCUCCUGCUCUGGAUGAUGCCAUUGACUUCUUUGAAUCCCACCACUGUGUCAUGCCGACCGAUGGUUUGUAUGAAGUGCAUCCCCGACAAGCUUCAGAUCUUGAUUGGUUUGAGUGCAACAUGGCUGAGCUAUUUGAUUUAGACCCCACCUAUGUGACACCAGUCAUACCUCCAGAGUUUGAAGUUUACGACUCACGCCGCAAGACACGUUCUGAGGAUGGGAGAUGGAAUCCAAAGGACAAAACUGAACAACCAAGCCCGCCGCCACGUGACCCAAAUGCCUACGAGUCGGUCCCUGUAGUGGAACCUGUCUACAAGAACCCGAGCUCAGCAGUAAAAUCGCGUGAACGUGACUGGGAACGCCUUUGCAAGUACUUUGCUUGGCUACCCAAGCUGGUUAUUCAGAAAACAUUUGACUGUACCACACAACUAGCACGAAUACCUAUGAGUGCACACCUACAGCGUCAUUACCGUUCUCCGUUUCCAGCCCUCAAUGUCAACCGCCGUAGUGAAGGAGUCGCUACAGAUACUGUCUAUGCAGACACACCCAACAUUGAACAUGGUCAUGUAGCGGCACAAUUCUAUGUGGGGAUCUCCUCUCUUGUCAGUGACGUAUAUGGUGUCAAUACCGAUGCACAAUUCCUUCAGACACUCAAGAUAAUGUACGAAAACAAGGAGCACCCAACAAACUUGUACCAAGACAUCAAGCGACUGGCCAACAGGAUUCUAGAUCGAACUGGAGCACCUCCAAGCCUUUGGCUUUUGGCACUUUGUUACGCUUCUUUCGUCUACAACCACACUGCUGUGCAGAGCUUAGGAUGGCUGACUCCCAUCCAAGUGCUCACUGGCAUUACUCCAGACAUAAGUGUUCUUCUCCGCUUUGCAUUUUAUGAGAAGGUCUACUAUAAAACGGAGGAACCCAGCUUCCCUUCUGAUUUGCCUGAAUCCAUUGGUUAUAUGGUAGGCAUUGCCGAGCAUGUUGGUCAUGCAAUGACAUAUAAGAUCCUCAACCCAGAGACAAACAAAAUCAUGUUUUGUUACAAACGUCUUGAUCCACCUGAUGGGGAGGAGUUGCCAUCCCCUACAGUAAUCAAAUCCAAAUCAGACAAUGUCAAAUCUGUUGUUUACUCUAGUGAUGAUGAGUCAGAUGAAAAGGACGUUGUUGUCAAGAACAAAGAUCUCAUCGGUCGUACCUUUCUCAUGCAACCCAAUGAAGAAGGACAUGUACAUCGUGCCAAGAUUGUGGAACUCAUUGAUAAGCACAAUGACAAGACAACCAACAACCCAGCACAUCUCAAAUUCCGUGUCAGUAUCAACAAUGAUCAGUAUGAAGAUGUGAUGGCCUACAAUGAGAUUUUGGAGAGACUGGAAGCUGAUGAAGAGAACCCAAUUGUUUGGAAGUUCAGGCGAAUCGUGUCACAUCAAGGACCACUUCAACCUGAUCAUCCAUCAUAUAUGGGUUCCACUUACAAUGUAGCAAUGGAAUGGGAGAAUGGGGAGAUAACCCCAGAACCACUGAGUAUCAUUGGAGCCGAUGACCCAGUGGCCUGUGCCAUCUACGCAAGGGAUAACAACCUACUUGAAACCCCUGGUUGGAAGCGUUUUAAAAGCAUAGCAAAGAGAGAGAAGAAGCUUCUUCGCAUGAUCAACCAGGCCAAGCUUAGAUCAUUCUGUACUGCACCAAAGUACAUGUACGGUUACAAGAUACCAAAGGACUAUAAUGAUGGACUUCGACUUGACAAACUUCACGGCAAUACAAAAUGGGCGGAUGCCACCAAGGUUGAGAUGGACCAACUAGCAGAGUACAAGGUUUUUAUAGAUUUGGGAAAAGGAACUCCUAUUCCAAAGGGUUUCCAAAAGAUUCAAGUUGACCUAGUCUAUGCCUGCAAACAUGAUGGUAGACACAAGGCCAGACUUGUCGCUGAUGGGCACCUGACCGAUGUACCAGUAGACAGCGUCUACUCUGGUGUGGUAUCCAUACGUGGACUGAAGAUCAUGAUCUUCCUUGCUGAAUUGAAUGGCCUGGACCUAUGGGCCACAGAUAUUGGUAAUGCCUACCUUGAGGCCUACACUAAGGAGAAGGUAGCUGUAGUAGCCGGACCGGAGUUUGGGGAGCUACAAGGCCAUACUCUUAUUGUGUCAAGAGCACUGUACGGAUUAUGUUUGAGCGGAAAGAUGUGGCAUCAAAGAUUUUCUGCCUGUUUGAGAGAGGAAGGGUUCUUUCCUUGCAAGGCAGAACCGGACAUCUGGAUGAGACCGUUACCGGAUGGGUCAUCAUAUGAAUAUGUUGGCGUAUAUGUUGAUGAUCUGGCCAUGGCAAUGAAAGACCCAAAAGCUUUUGUGGAUAAACUGAUCAAUGUCUACAAAUUCAAGCUUAAAGGUACCGGACCACUCACUUUCCACCUGGGAUGUGAUUUUGGAAGGGAUGAACAUGGCGUUCUUUACAUGAGCCCCAAGAAAUACAUCGAGCGCAUGGUAGACAACUACGAGCGCAUUUAUGGAGAGAAACCAAAGACAAAUGUAACCUCACCUUUGGAGAAGGGAGACCACCCUGAGUGUGAUACCACUGAUCUAUUGGAUCCAGAGGGCGUCACUCAAUACCAAUCCCUGGUUGGCCAGCUUCAAUGGGCCAUUUCCUUGGGGAGACUGGACAUAGCGACUGCUGUCAUGUCCAUGUCAAGCUUUCGUUCUGCCCCUAGAGUAGGACACCUCCACAGAGUGAAACGAAUUUGUGGAUACCUAGUGAAGAUGAAGCACGCUUGCAUUCGCUUCAGGACUGGAAUGCCUGACUAUACUGAUGUCCCUGAACCUAUCUAUGAAUGGGCAGACUCGGUGUAUGGAUGCCCAGUUGAAGAGAUCCCAGAUGAUGCACCAACACCACUUGGACUUGCUGUGAUUCUGACACAUUAUGUGGAUGCAAAUCUAUAUCACUGUAUGUUAACAGGUCGCUCAGUCACAGGCAUCCUGCAUUUGAUCAAUGGGACUCCAAUUGAUGCUUCCUCCAAGAAGCAAUCUACUGUUGAGACUGCCACAUACGGAUCUGAAUUUGUCGCUGCAAGGACUUGUGUUGAACAGAUCAUGGAUCUGCGAUACACAUUGAGGUAUCUAGGUGUACCAAUCCAAGGUCGAAGCUACAUGUUUGGAGACAAUGAAUCUGUUGUGAACAGUUCAUGCAGACACGACGCAAAACUCCACAAGCGACAUGUUGCACUGUCAUUCCACCGUAUAAGGGAAGCUGUCGCAUCCAACAUGCUUUCAUUCAUUCACAUGGAUGGUGACAAGAACCCUGCAGACAUCCUCAGCAAACAUUGGGGAUAUCAACAAGUUUGGCCGCAGCUCCGUACCUUACUGUUCUGGCAAGGAGACACCGUUGACGAGGGAUAG